AUGAGCUGCAAUGACGAUGUUGGCUCCAUCUUCAGCCCAGACCGUGGAGUCAGACGUCAGAAGCAAGAUGAAACCCUCUAUACUUCGAUAAAGGUCGCGAUUGGGAAACCAGCAGUGCAAGAUCGAAAGCCCGUACCAUUGACUGCUCGAACUUGUCCAAAUGCAGGCUUCCGCCAUGGUGCACUCAGUUCCUGGAACCGUGACAUUUAUGCUUAA